ACAUCAAAAUUUACGCAGAUGAAGAUGAAGUUGYUCAAAGUCGUCUAGUAAAUACCUGCAGAUCGACGACUAGGAGAAUAUUGUUGGACAAUCAAAAGAAAGGAUUUUGGCACUUGCAUAUUUUAAUCAGACUUAUAUAAAGCGAGCGAGUCUAAAUUACAGAUUGCGUGAUGAUCGUAAGAGUAUACCCCGUUCUUCUCGCGAUCCUUGUGCAGGCCCUCGUUACUGCAGAAAACGAAUUUACCCUCAAGCAAGUUGUAGUUAUAUCCCGUCAUGGAAGUAGAGGGUUUUUAACAAAGCACCACACAACAUUCAAAGAAGAUGAGAAUAGUCAAUUGACUGUGAGAGGGAUGAACCAGAUGCUCCAAGCGGGUCAAUAUGUGAAKCAUCGCUAUAAUGGAACAAUAAAGAACUUUCUAAGUGCUGAAUACAAUUCUAGUGAAGUUUAUGUCAGAUCAAGUGAUUAUCCAAGAACCCUUUCUAGUGCCCAAAGCUUUCUCUUGGGAUUAUACCCUCCAAGGAAACAGAUUCAGAAAACUUAUAAUCCUGAUAAAAUGUACUCAGCACCAUAUGAUGUUCAACAGGUUCCAAUCCACACURUUGCAGUGAAAAAUGACCAGUUACUACGUGGUUGGUUGCAAUGUCCAACCUUUCAAGACAAGAUAAGUCAGUUUUAYAGCAGUGAAAUGUUCAAAAAGAAGGAAAAAGAGAAUACUGAAUUCAUGAAGUCUCUGGAACAAAUCACAGGAAUGGAAAAUAUUGCAUUGAAAGACUUCUAUAAUGUAUACGAUUUCAUCCACCUUCACAUUGCAUAUGGUCAACUGUACUUGAACAUCACUGAUAAGCAAUGGAGUCGASUAAAAGACCUCGCUGACUGGYURGARUACCAAAAAUACAACAGAAAUAACAUUCAAAGUAUGGGAGCUGGUCUUCUGUUUAAUGAAAUUAUCCUUAACUUUGGUAGUACGAAGAAARAUAAACGAAAAGCUAAGCUAUUAUACUACUCCGCGCACUACCCGACCAUCUUGUCUCUCUUUUCUGCACUUGGUGUAAAUGAACACGACAAAACUUUGCAAAUAAUUCCAUACUAUGCAUCUCUGGUCUUCCUGGAACUUUACCAGGCAAAUACUGGAARUGGUGAAUAUUACGUCAAGUUUGCAUUCAGAAAUGGUUUGCAGAAUGACACAGGAAAGGAUACGUUCCAGUAUUACGUAAUUCCUGGAUGUGGAUCAGUUAUGUGUUCCUUGGACAAAUUCGUUAAUUUGUUGAAACCUUUGAAAGUUCACGAUACAAAAUCGUGGUGUAGCGAAUGUAAUAAUGUCAAUUUAAGCACGUGUAAGCUUGGGAAGCCAUACAACAGGAAAGUGGCUAAGACCGCAGUUGGCAGCUUUUUCACUGGAUUUUUUGUAUGCUUGAUUUUGACUAUAGUAAUKCUAGGYGUUUGGCAUUUUUGUCUAAAGAAAAGAUGUCUAAAUAGACGACCAAGACAUGGACUACCGGACCUCGAGYACCGACUGGCGGGUGCAAUUUGAUGCAUUUUCAACCAAGAACUUACUUCAGAAGUAACCACAAAAACAAUCAUGGCAUCGUUUGUGUAGAUUACUGAACAUUUUACAUUGCAUUUGUAUUUAAACGUUUUAUAAUUAAMUCAUUCGUAUUUCUGGUAAUAAAAUACAGUCAUUUGCAAAA